AGUCUGUCCCAUCUCGGCUGAAGUGGACGGGACAACUCGGUUGCGCAGUUUUCUGGGCGGUGCGACGUUCACGAGCUCACAGAUGUGCAAGCAACAGCGCGGCGCGAGCUGCUGGUGUCUACUUCCUGAACUCACAGCGACAGAUGAAAACAGUUUGGCAGGACAAGCUCAAGAUCAACUUUGGCUUUUAACUCCGGCUUUGCUCUGCCGCGAUGGUCGAGACUCCGGCUGGCUGUGUGUUUGAAGACAUCCAGCAUGAAGACAUCCAAGUUGAAGCGGCUGUUGGCAGAGGGACUUUUGGAGUUGUCUUCAAAGCAGUAUGGAAGGGAAAGGACGUAGCAAUCAAGACAAUUGAGAGUGACAAUGAAAGGAAUGCUUUCCUUGUUGAGCUCCGCCAGCUAUCCAGGGUGAACCAUCCCAACAUUGUUAAACUGUAUGGCUCCUGUGACAAUCCAGUCUGUCUGGUCAUGGAGUAUGCAGAAUGUGGUUCUUUAUAUAACCUCCUGCACAGUGCAGAUCCACAGCCCCACUACACAGCAUCCCAUGCAAUGAGCUGGUGUCUGCAGUGUGCCCAAGGGGUUGCCUAUCUUCAUGCAAUGAAGCCAAAGGCCUUAAUUCACAGGGACCUCAAACCACCGAAUCUGCUCCUUGUAGCCCGUGGUACUGUGCUGAAGAUAUGUGACUUUGGAACAGCUUGUGAUAUUCAGACCUACAUGACCAACAACAAAGGCAGUGCAGCCUGGAUGGCACCAGAGGUAUUUGAAGGCAGCAACUACAGUGAAAAAUGUGAUGUCUUCAGUUGGGGCAUUAUCCUGUGGGAGGUCAUCACACGCAAGAAACCCUUUGAUGAGAUUGGUGGCUCUGCAUUCUGCAUAAUGUGGGCUGUUCACAGAGGUACACGACCUCCUCUGAUCAAAGAUCUUCCAGAGCCCAUAGAGACUCUGAUGACCCGCUGCUGGGACAAAGAACCCAGCCAGAGACCAUCCAUGAAUGAGGUCAAAAACACCAUGAGCCACCUCAUGAAGUACUUCCCAGGUUCUGAUGAACCACUCAACCUCCCUCACCAGUCUGCAGCCAACAAAAGUGGCUCCUCAUCAGCUACAAGCACAGGCUCGUAUGCGGACUGCACCAUGAACAGUAACCGGAGUGAUGACAACACAGAGCACAGGAACUCACUUGGCAGAGACGAAACCCUGAAAAGCUUCGAGUCUAAAUUCCCACUUCAGUUAAAACCCUCAAAGACUGCUGGAUUGCGUACCGAUCUUUCCAGGAUGUCCAGUGUAGACAAUCAGCCAGGACGUUCCCAGAGCUCCUCCUACUCCACCAGCCCUGUAAUUUCCUCUGGACAGUCGGAGCUAAGGAUGACUUUGAGCACUACUGCUACCAAUGGAUUUGACAGCUCCAUUCCCAUGGCGUACCUAAAACUUGAUCACCAGUUACAGCCUCUUGCUCCAUGUCCAAACUCCAAGGAGUCCAUGGCUGUAUUUGAGCAGCACAUCAGGGUGGCUCAGGAGUACCUUAAAGUCCAGUCAGAGAUUGCUCACCUUGUUCGGACAAAACAGGAGCUAAUGUCUGAGCUGGAGCAGGAGCAGAGGGAGCAGCAGACUUCAUCUCGACUCAUCGAGGAACAUAGCAAGCUGCUGGAGGAAAACAGCAACUUGUCAGCCUACUGCCAGGGCCUGAAGAGCAAACUGAGCCUGAUCAAGAGCCAGAACCAGCACCACAGCUAGGACAGACCGAUGGGCUGCAGCAGACAAGACACGUCUCUGCUUUUGCUUUUACUCUAGUGUUUUCAGCACUGCCUUUUUCUGUGAUGGAUCAGAAGAAUCAGUUUGGUAAAGUUCGUUAUCAUGAGAAAAUAAGACUUGCUACAAAACAGGUAUCAACACAACAUUAGAAUUGAAUUGUUAUGUGGCGAUUACAGUUUUUACAGUAUAUUUGAAAGUCUGUUUUUUGUAAUGAAUUAUAAACUAAUAGUAGUGUGAUAUUUUUGGAGGUACAUGUUUGUGGCAACGGCAUUCUAACUUUAAUGGUGCUGUAUAUAACAUUCACAACCACUGGAUGCCACUGGAGCUCCAGCAUCUCAGACAAGAACAAAGGGCUGUUAGAAAUGCAGAAACGGACUUACAUGCAUGUACAGCUGGAUACAGAGCAGAGAAGUUCUGAUUCCAACAUACAAAGGGGGACUUGCAACUUCAGUCUCUGGAAAAGACACCAUUACCCCACUCUGUCUUUAUGUAGCAGAAAGCUGUUUGCUGCUACUUUAGUGCUCAAAAUCUCACACGCUGAACGUUUCAGUCUCUGAUUGAUAUCAGUUUGUAGCUUAAGGAUUAAAUGGACCUGUGAGGGACCCAAAGUUGUGUCAUCUUAGCAGUGGAAGUGACUAUAUUGUGCUAAUUCUGAUGUUCUAUUUUAUCUCAGAUACCUGUCAAGCAGUGUGACAUCUGCCUAAAGCAGCUGAUAUUUGCCCCAGGCUUUCUAAGCCACCCUUUCCUUAAAGCCUUCUCUUCUGAUUA